AUGCAUCCCCGACUCUCUGUAAAGGCGGAGCGGCGAGCAGUCGCUCCAACGGAAACGAGGCUGGCGUUCACCCCCAAUACGUCAAGCGGCAAGGCUUUGCAUGCAAAAGACAGCAGCCGCUUCGGAGGGGCAGACACUACGCAGCAGGCUGUCUCGCAUCCUUUAUUUGCGAAGAGUGCCACUGCAGAGGCAGAGAGUGGCAGCCAGCCUGAAGGGGGGAAGAAAGGCUAUACUUGCAGCGACGGCAGCGGCUUUUCCUGCUAUGAAACAGCGCGAGGCAAUGUCACCAGCAGCUUUCCCUCUUCGCGGGUAGUAGAAGUGCGUCUAAGCAGCAGCAGCGACGGCGCAAAUGAGAGCUUCAGGAGGGGCCCCUUGGCUUUGCCCCCUUUGGCUGGAGAGAGGAUUCAACGUGUGCUGCAUCUCUCGGGAGUCGCCAUCCCUUUUCAUCACGCAAACGUCCUUCUGCCGCAGCAGCAAAUCAUGGAACGCCUCGUUGCCGCGUGCAUGCAGCAGAGGCAUGCUAUUCUGGAAGCCCCAACAGGAACAGGGAAAACGGCUGCGUUGCUGUGUGGAUCGCUGGCUUGGCAACGCUUUGAGUACCACCGCACGCGCGUUCGAGGCAGCUGCCCAAUUCUCUACUUGACACGCACCCACAAGCAGGGAACGCAGGUUAUUGCUGAGCUGCGGAGAAGCCCCUUUCGUGCUCGCGCCGUCCAUUUAGCUUCACGAGAGCACCUCUGCUCGUUCCUCUGUUCUAGGGAGGUCGCUAAGGCAGCAGCAGGAGGAGAAGCAGACGUCGCGGCUGGUGCAGAAGGAGGCGAAGAAGACCCUUCUUCCGUCGCUGCGUCAGCUGUCAGCGGUGUGGACUGUCGCACUGCUGCGCGGCUCGUGGAAAGGUUGCGGAGGCGGCAAAGCGGGGAACUGCGCAGUUGUGCUUACCUUGUGUCUGCUCCUUCGGCGGCUUCAGACAAGGAGCAGAAAGGGCGUCACGUAGACAGCCACGCGUGGAUGCAAAAAGGGCCUUGCAUUCUGAAUCUUCGUGGGCUCUCGAAGCAGCAGCAGCGACAAGAGCAGCAGCUGCUGCGCGCUGUAAAAGCGAAGCAGCUCGACCUGCUCGCUGCUGCACGCGCGGCGCCGCUGCCUCCUUCUUUGGGGGGGGCCAGUCGAAGCUUCUCGGCAGAAAUAAUUGCAGCAGAUGUGCAUGCAGAGACAGGAGCCGAGAUCUCGGGAAGAGGCACUGCUGGAAUGAGUUGGAUCUGUCCUCAUUACGUUCGCCUCUCUGAUCCUUCAUAUGCCGCGCAGCUGGCAGCCAGCGCCUUCCCCCCCGUGGCGUUUUCUGCACUCGAACCGCAUGCACCGACGGCAACGCCAGAGGCUGCUGCUGCAGCGGCAGCAAGCGCAACAGCAGCUGAGGCGCUUGAGGCCAAACGCAGGGGCGCCUGUGCCUGCAGCAGCAACAAGAACAGCAACAACAACGCCGAAGGCGUGCUCGACAUAGAAGGGCUUUCCGCACUUGCGGCUACCUGCGGUCGCAAAAGCAGCUCCAGUUGCGGCUAUCCUGUUGGGGGAUGCGCGUAUUACAGCAGCCAGGCGCUAGCUCAAGGGGCUGACAUCGUUAUUUGCCCGUAUGCUUUCGUCUUUGACCCAGGAGUCGCUAGGAGGACUAAAAUCAAAGCGCUCCUUCCAGGCAGUGUUGUCAUAGUGGAUGAGGCGCACAACAUUGAAGAUAUCUGCAGGGAUAUAGGAAGCAUUGACAUAUCAGUAGAGCAGCUGCAGCAACUGCACCGCUGGCUUGUGUCGCUGCAGCAGCUCCUCCUAUCGCCCUUAGCCGCAGGAGCUGCGGUAAGGGGAGACACCCGUCUGCAACAGUUGUUGCAGCGGCUGGCACUUCACGCAGGGCGUCUUGCGACUCCCAUCUCGAGGCUUCUGGAUGCAGCAACCGAAGCGGCGAAGAAUCAGCAGCUGCUGCGCCGGGUGCUGCAGCAGCAGCAGCACGCGAUUCGCGAGGAGCUUCAGCGGAAAAGCAGAGGCAGCAAAGAGACUUCCCGCAGCAGCGGAGGCAGAGGCACAAGUGCAGCGGCAGCUGCAGAGGAGCCUGUGGUGUCUAUUGAGCUUUUAGGGUGGGGAGGCGGGGGAACGCCUGAGGGAGCAAAGGCGUUUGCUGCAGUAGCAGGGGUAGAAUCAGAGGAAGUCGCAGGCGCGCUUUCAGAAAGUAUGGAAAACUUGGCUCUGAGCAGCGGCGAGGCAGCAGAAACCGCUGGCAUCGUUCCCUUGACGCCAGGAGAAAGUCUGCAGCAGCUCGAGCAGCUCGUCUUCUGCCUCUCGCUUGUUGCCAGGCACCCCGCCGCGUAUACGGCAUCCCUCCGCCUUUCAGUAGACAAAGCCUUUCUCGCGAAUGUUUUUGCUUCCGCGCACCAGCAGCAGAAACGCGAAGCAGACGCCCUGCCAAGGAUUUCCAUCCACAUAUGGCUGCUCUUGCCAGCUGUUGUCUUCUCCCGCGUAGCAGAAACUGCCAGAUCCGUGAUUCUUGCCUCCGGCACUCUCGCUCCCUUCGAUUCGUUUGCAUCUGAGUUAGGAUCGGCUUUCGCGAAGCGUUUGUUAGGACCGCCCUUAGAGGCGCAGCAUGUCAUUAGCCAUAAGCAGCUGUCGCUGAUUGCUGUGGGUGCCAUGCCCCUUGCCACAGCCGCAGAACCCUUGGCAACUCCAGCUGUAACGACAGCCGCUACGGCGGAGCGACUACGGCUACUGCAGCAGCAGCAGCAGCACCUUCAUAGGAUCCGAUUCAGAGAGCUGCGAUGCCAAGCUUCGAAUCUUCGAGAUCCUGCCUUCUUUGCCGAUCUGGGGAGAACCGUUGCACGGCUGCUCCAGUGUAUUCCAGGAGGCGUGCUGCUUUUCCUCCCUAGCUACGCUUUGCUGCAGCAGGCACAGCGCCUGUGGCAACGCGAACCUAUGUGGCAGCAGCAGCAGCAGCAGCAGCAGCAGCAGCAGCAGCAGCAGCAGCAGCAGCAGCAGCAGCAGAAGCAGCAGUGGCAGAAGCAGCUGCAGUGGAAGGAGGAACCUCAUCGGCGGCAGCGCAAGAAGGCGAUCUGGGAUGUUUUCGUGGAUCUGAAGCUGCACGUGUUUGUCGAGUCGCAGGCUUCUGCUGCCGCCACCGACUUGCUGCAAAAACAAUUUGUCUCCGCUGUUCAUACAGCUGGGCACGCCUUGCUGCUAGCCGUUUAUCGGGGGAAGCUGAGUGAAGGCCUCUCCUUCAACGACAACCUCUGCAGGGGGGUCCUGUGUGUGGGGUUGCCUUUUCCUUCCUUGGGAGAUCCUAAGGUUGUUAAGAAGAGGGAGUUCAACGACGCCUGUCUUGCAAGGAGCCUCAAGCAGCAACAGCAGCAGCAGCAACUGCAGCAGCAGCAGCAGCAAAGUCUGCACAAGCCGCGGGGAAUCCCGCCUUUGCAGCUUAUCAGCGGAUCCAGGUGGUACACUACGCAGGCAUUUAGAGCUCUCAAUCAAGCAGCAGGUCGAUGCAUUCGACACUUGGGAGACUAUGGCGUGGUGGUGCUGCUGGAGAGCAGACAUUCCGCCUGCUGCAAAGACCUCUGUCGAUGGCUAAAGCCUCACCUCACUUUCGAGAGCUCUCUCUGGCCUUUGCUGCUGCGCCUACACCACCACUUCGAGGGGGCGGCUGCCGCUGCCGCUGCCGCUGCUGCGGUGACGGCAGCGCACGCUGACGGCGCGAAUCACGACACCCCUUCAACAGCACUUGCUGCUCAUCGCGCUCUGCCCGGUAGCGCUCUCUGGGUUAACAAGUGUAAGGGAGGUUAUGGCGCAUCACGGUAA